GUGGUUCGAAAUUGCGACAGGAGAGUGCGGCUUUUUUUUUGUACUUAUUAGCGUAAACAAUAAAAAUAAAUGUACUAUUUCUUUGCACUGGUUUUAUAAAAAUAUAAUUCUUUAUAUAACUGUAUAAAGACGACCAAAUAUUCACCAGUGUUUAAAUAUAACUACCCAUCUAUUUUAUUUUUUAACUUUUAGUGAUAGGACGGGCAGGACGCAUUUUGUCUAUUCAGUGAGAGAAUCGUGCUUAUCUGACUGAUUAUUGGUGAUUAAUAUGAAAUACAAUAUAAACUAUAAUGUGUGAAUUUUUGAAAGUGGCCGGGCUCUGGCUGGCGGCGGCGGUGCUGGUGUUAAGUGCAUCCGCCGCCGGCUCAACUCUCCCGCGCCCCGGUGUGCCCGGCGAGGAAGUGACUGGGGCGGAUGGAGAUGGGGGCGGCGAGGCCGGCUCCGGGGCGGGGGCGCUGGUAUGCGGCCCCAGUGAGUGGGCGUGCGCGGACGGGUCCAGAUGCGUGCCCGCCGCUUGGAGGUGCGACCACCGACCGCACUGUCCUGACGCCUCCGACGAGAUAAACUGCACGUUCAACAGCACCUGCGGCCCGGGCCAGUUUAAGUGCACGUCGAGUGGGCUGUGUAUAGCGGCCACGUGGCGCUGCGAUGGCGACAUCGACUGUGGCCCUCACGACCAAUCCGACGAGGAUGUCUACAUGUGCAACAAGGAGUUCAAGUGCGGGGGCAAUAUGGCGCGAUGCGCGACCCCCUCUGGCGGCCACUUCCAGUGCGCACCCGUGCACAGCUUCUGUGACGGCACGAGGGACUGCGCCGACGGCAGCGACGAGUGGGACAUAUGCGACAACUUUACGGUAGCAUCGUGCUCUGAUCUGAAGUGUGCCCUGGGAUGUCGUCCCACGCACGAGGGUCUCGCUUGUUAUUGUCAACCCGGUUAUGAACCUGUGGACGGACGCUGCGUCGACACGGACGAGUGCGCCGCUGGCUCGUACUGCGCGCAGACGUGCCGCAACACUCCCGGCUCGUACGCGUGUGCGUGCGCGCGCGGGUACACGCUGCGACAUGACCGCGCCACCUGCAAACCAAUCAACGAACCGCCGUCGGUCCCGCUAUCAUUACUGGUGGUGAAGGAGCAAGGUAUACAGCGCAUCCGUCCUGCGCCCGCGUCAGAGACGAUCGGGGACUCCGCGCCUGGGGCCCUCCCGCCCGGGACCCCGCCUCCUCCUAACAAUCGCACGCUACUGCGAGCACUCAGCGUGCGAGCUUUUGACUUUCACUACACCAACAAGUCCGUGUGUUACGUGCAUCACAACCUGAGCAAGUCAUCCCUGGUAUGCGCGGACGCUGACGAUAUGUCACGUCGACAUACUCUACCCACGCCCGACCUCUUCCCAGACAUCGAAUCGGUGAGUUACUUGCGCGUGGACUGGGUGUCGGGCAGCUGGUAUUUUUAUGACGAGAGUCGCGGCGUACUAUACGUGUGCUGUCAGUUGCUGAUGUACUGCCGACUGCUGUUGCAGCGACGACUCGACAGAAUGCAUGGACUCGCGCUAGAUCCCACCGCAGGAUUGAUGUUCUGGUCGGUGUGGGGCGCAUCACCGCCGGCGUUGGAACGCGCAAAUCUGGCAGGGGAGGGGCGGGGCAGUCUGGUGCUGCACAAGCUGGUAUACCCGGUGGGCGUAGCCGUCGACGUCGCCGCCCAACACGUGUACUGGGCCGAUGGGUACCUCGAUACUCUCGAGCGGAUAACCUACGAUGGAAAACAUCGACUCACUGUAGCCAGGUUGCGGAUGGUCAGUGCUUUACCUAUUCUGAUAUAUCUAGUUGACACGGCGAACCAUUCUGACGGACAUUUCACCAAAACAACUCGAGAAAGAGCGGUUGUAGAUAUUGUUACUAAUUACUUAAUUGUUACUACGUACGAUUCCGGACAAAUCCAAACCCGAAUUCGAAUUCACUCACGUGUCCACGUCAUUUUAAUGUUUAAUGUUAAGUGGAUGUCGCUUUUGAAGUGAAUUCGAACACCAGAGUAAAUUCGAGUUCGGGUUCGGAUUUUUACAGAAACACAGGGCAGUAAGUUUUACUGAUUCCACAUAUGUACUAAGACUGAAUAUCUCCAAAAAAUUACCUAUAGAUCAUUUUCACACGUCGAAAAAUUUUAACGUAAUAUUUGUAUAAUUAGUCUCACCACGUGCACCAACUGGGUGUGCUAGGGGGCGUGGUAUACGCACCGGAGUAUACGCGGGGGGUGGUAGAGUACACGUCAGUCCCCGCCCUAGCUCCCGCGUUAGCCGCGCCCAGCGAUGUGGUGCCGCUACCGCACAGAACGUCUGCUGUACUAGUUUACCACCGGCAAGCGCAACCCACGGGUAAGCACAUCACCAUACACGAUAACCACUCGGCUGAGAGUCUGAAAUCGAAUCUAAGUCUUUUCGCCCAACCAAAUUUCUUUUUUGCAAUAUUUAACUCCCUGCAAUUGUUUAAUGUUAGAAGAGUGAUAACAAGAAACUAUGUUUUGCAGUUUUUCCAUAUAUUUAACAGUUACAGCGAUUUGAAGAAUUAUUUGUUAGCCUUCGUGGAUUCUUGCUUGUAAUCACUCAUAACGAAGCUUAAAACUUAACCAAAUCUGCGGGAUUGUAUAUGCUGCUUUAUAUGUAUAUCAGAGAAAAAAUAGUUUGCAAAUAAAUAAGUUCAGUUUUAUUUUUUACACCAUUAUAAAACCGAUAUAAAUAUC